AUGGCGCACAGAAUUGAAAUUACGGGUAACAAGGCCGAAGCUGGAGCAACCCUGAUUAGCAAUGUCAACUUGAGCACAAGCCACACGAACGACGACAUCGACCGCGCCUGCCUUCGUGCCCUCCGAUGCCCCGACUCGCUGGCGGUCAAACACCGACUGAAAGAGAAUAAAGACAAACUAGUGCACAAGUCCUUCGACUGGAUUUUAAAGGACCCCCAAUAUCUCCGCUGGCAAGAUGAGUCCGACGUGGGACUCUUGUGGAUCAAAGGCGGUGCCGGGAAAGGGAAGACGAUGAUGUCGAUUGGUCUCAUCGAAGUGCUGGAAGAACAAUCGCGACAGAUGGCAGACUCAUACGCGGUGAUAUACUUCUUCUGUCAAGAUGCGGACUACGAACUCAACACGAUUGACGCGAUCAUUAAGGGUCUGAUCCUCCAACUAGUGAGGAAGCAGCCGAAACUUAAGCAAUCACUGCGGGACCGAUGGGACGUGGCCAGUCAGCGAUACACUGAAAAUGUCUCAUCAUGGCGGGGUCUGUGGGUCAUCUUUAUGGAGAUGCUGCAUCGGUGCACUUAUGCACGCCUCUAUGUGAUGGUGGACGCGCUGGACGAAUGCCAGGACAGCGGGAUGGCGGAGCUGCUUCGACUAGUUGUGAGGACAGCACUGGACUGGCCAUCCCGUCUGAAAUGGCUGGUGACGAGUCGACCGUUGGACAGCGCGGAGCGAGUGCUGUUAGCUGGGCCAGACCAGGUCAGGGUCAGUCUCGAACUAAACUCGGAUCACCUCUCGCAGGCCGUGCGGACGUACAUUUCGCACAAGGUGGCAGAACUGGAUCGUUGGUGUGAGUAUGGCCCUGAUCUUCGGCACCGGAUCGAGGACGAGCUACAUAUAAAAGCCGAGGAUACUUUCUUAUGGGUCAGUUUAAUGUGCAAACAGCUGGAAAGUGUAGGGCGGGAGGAUACGUUGACGGUGAUUCGAGAUCUGCCGCCUGGGCUACCACCUUUCUACGAUCGAAUCCUGCGACAGGUUUGUUACGGAGAGUCGACUCUGGUCCAAGGAUGCGUGCGGUUACUGAAAGUGAUGAUGAUGACCUAUCGUCCUUUGGAUGUGCGAGAGCUCAGCAGUGUGAGUGGGUUGCUUGUCGACCGACGAUAUAUUGACAAAGUGAUUGGACGGUGUGUCUCGUUUGUGACACAGCGCGGCAGCAGAAUCGACUUUGUGCAUCAAUCGGCUCGGGACUACUUACGUGGGACGACAGGUCGAAGUAUGCUCGAUGAUUAUGAUCAUGAUCAUUUUGAGCACAGCGACAUUGUGGUGAACAGCCUUGUGUGGCUGUGUCAGUGGUUGAAGGUGAACCUCCUCGACCUCAGACAGCCCGACUCAUCACGAGAGACGAUCAUACAGCGCGAGCUCGAGUUACUAGCCACUCUUGACUAUGCCGCCACAUUCUGGUUUCACCACCUAAAGGAGGCCGGAGAUGAAGAUGUACAUGUUAUUGACAUCGGAGGAAAAGUUACAAAAUUCCUCCAGACGCGACUUUUGGAAUGGUUUGAAUGUUUGAGUUGGUUGGAUCAAAUGGCGCGGGCCAUUGAGGCGCUACAGAUAAUGGCCAAGAUGUCCAUCAGAUCAGCUCGUGUGAGUCUCACUGAUGUCCUUGAUUUGAUAGUAUACUCUCCGUGGCUGAUACAAUGGACUAAUAGUCCGACAUAUUGA